AUGGGUGAAUUCCUGUUCAACAUCGAUCAUGGCUAUUUGGAGGCCCUGAUUCGCGGCUUCAGGUGUGGACUUCUUUCGCAGACUGAUUAUGCGAACCUCGUCCAAUGUGAAACACUAGAAGAUUUGAAGUUGCACAUACAGUCUACCGACUACGGGAACUUCCUUGCUAAUGAACCAGGGUCGAUCACGGUUCAAGUAAUUGAUGAACGUUUGAAAGAGAAAUUGGUUACUGAGUUUACACAUUUAAGAAACAAUGCUCUUGAACCUCUCGCAACAUUCUUGGAUUAUAUUACAUAUUCUUACAUGAUCGAUAACAUUAUCCUUCUCAUCACUGGUACACUUCAUCAACGACCUAUCUCGGAACUUAUCAGCAAAUGCCAUCCACUGGGUUCAUUCGAACAGAUGGAGGCGAUACACAUUGCAUCCACGCCGGCCGAGCUCUACAAUGCCGUUCUCGUCGACACACCACUUGCAAAUUACUUUGUGGAUUGCAUUAAUGAACAAGAUUUGGACGAAAUGAACGUUGAACUAAUCAGAAAUACACUGUACAAAGCAUAUAUUGAGGACUUCUACAAUUUUUGCAAAAAGCUGGGAGGCACCACAGCUGAAGUUAUGUGUGAAAUUCUUGCUUUCGAGGCUGAUCGCAGGUCUAUCAUUAUCACGAUUAACUCGUUUGAUACAGAACUGAGCAAGGAUGAUCGUGAAAAGUUGUAUCCUAGGUGUGGCAAAUUAUAUCCUGAAGGACUAUCUGGCCUUGCUCGAGCAGAUGACUACGAACAAGUGAAGCAGGUUUGCGAAUUCUAUUCGGACUACAAACCACUAUUUGAUAGUUCUGGUAAUUCAUCCGGUGAGAAGACACUAGAGGACAAAUUCUUUGAACACGAGGUGAAGCUCAAUGUGCAAGCAUAUCUCCACCAGUUCCAUUUUGGUGCUUUCUAUGCCUUUAUUAAGUUGAAAGAGCAAGAGAUGCGUAAUAUAAUUUGGAUCGCCGAGUGCAUCUCUCAGCGACACCGUACUAAAAUCGAUAACUACAUUCCAAUUGUGUAA